AUGCAAAUCCCCAUAAGCGCUUAUGACCUAAGUAAGCGUUCAUUCUUUCCUAAAAAGCUCUCGAAAAUGUUGUCGCGACUCGCAGGUCCUCCAACACGAUAUUUUUCCACCACUUUCCCAUUAAUGAGACUACUGCCACCAGAAGUUGGAAGUCAGGAAUGUUCAUAUCCAAUUGCUGGCAAAAAAACUCGAUAUGUCGAUUUGAAAAAUGCUUUUAAUGACGUAAAGUCAGGAGAUCAUAUUUUUGUACACGGUAUCGCUGCUACUCCAACACCAUUACUAGAAGAUCGUAUCCGAUCCAACUCUCUGUUCACAGGAGCCAACCUUCGUAAAGCAGUUAACGACGGCACUGCUGAUUUCAACUCUGUGUUUCUUCAAGAAAUCCCACAGCUCUUUCGCUCCGGCGCCAUCAAGCUAAACGUCGCCUUGAUCCAUGUAUCACCUCCCGAUUCUAAUGGGUAUUGUACCUUAGGCACUAGUAUCGACACCACUCGAGCAGCUGUCACGCAAGCCGACUACAUUAUCGGUAAAACUGUUAAGAGAUACUUCGUGCCUUUAAUUAUUUUAUACCAUGGGGUGUAUAUGUGCUGUUUAGCUAUGUCAAACAAAAAUAUGCCACGUACCUUUGGAGAUUCGUUAAUCCAUGAAUCCCAUAUUGAUGUCAUGGUCGAAUGUGAUGAUCAGUUGCUCCACGAAAGACCUGUUAGCGGCGCAGCUAGUGCGGAAGAAAAGAAAAUUGGUGAAAUAAUCGCAAACAACUUAGUGGAAGACGGUGCUACACUUCAAAUGGGUAGAGUAAGAAGCAUCGGAGCCAUUCCUGACGCAGCUCUGGCUGCCAUGACUCAUCACAAAGAUCUUGGAAUACAUACAGAGAUGUUUUCCGAUGGCGUACUUGAUCUAGUCGAAUGCAAUGCCAUAACAAACGCUAAAAAACUGUUUCAUCCAGGCAAAAAAUUACAGCUGGUGGUGUCUUUCGUAUACGGCUCAACGCGACUUUAUAAAUACCUCGAUGACAACCCUAGCAUUUACUUCGGUGACUGCCAGUGGGUUAAUGACCCAACUAUUAUUAGAACAAUGCCGAAAAUGACAGCAAUAAACUCAGCAGUAGAAAUGGGAGAAGCAAUAGUUGCUGAUUCUAUUGGGCCCAGAUUCCUCUCUGGUUUUGGUGGACAAGUUGACUUUAUACGUGGUGCAGCAAUUGGUGAUGAUGGUCGAGGAAAGCCGAUAAUAGCUCUAAGUUCUAUCACCAAAAAGGGUGUCUCCAAGAUAGUUCCUUUUAUCAACGAGGGAGCUGGUGUUGUAACUUCGCGUGCUCAUGUGCACUAUUUGGUUACUGAGAACGGUGUUGCGCAGUUAUGGGGCAAAAAUAUGCGCCAGCGAGCUUAUGAACUCAUAAAAAUUGCACAUCCGUCUAAACGGGAAGAACUAGAGAAGGCAGCUUUUGAAAGGCUACAUACGAUGCCAUCUCCUGACUGA